AUGUACAAAGCCCUUCCCUUAGUGAUCUCGGAACAUCCGGCCUUGGCAACAAUUCUUGUUGAUCAGCCAUCGAUGAAGAAGAUGGGCAGGAAAAGGACCUGGCAAGCACGUUUGAAGAGGAUUUGUUUCAAAGACUGUGUCAGAUUCAUUGAUGAUGUGGCGGGGAAAGAGCAUUUCACUCAGUUGCUGCAGGUGGAGCACAACACUUGGUUUAAUACCGACGAUAAAACGAAGCCACUGUGGAGAGUAGUGGUCAAUGGUUCGCAAAUACUAUUUGUGUUUCAUCACUCAGUCUGUGAUGGCCGGUCGGGGAUGAUAUUUCACCGCAGUCUGCUCGCUGCAUUAAAUAAAGUCACCAGGAAGCAAGAAGAGAGCGGCCAAGAAGAUAUCUUCCCGACUGAUUUUAAUGUGCCAAAUUAUGAGCUUAUGCCCGAGUCAAUGGCUCUUUUUCGGCUCCUCGGCAUGAGAUUCAACAUUUACAUUGGUCUACUGAGCUAUCUAUUUUCUAUUUUGGUCAAGUUCUUCUUACGGAAGAAUUAUACCUUUUUCACCGACGUCAUCUUCAAAGACAAUUUUCCCUCCAAAGACAACCCAGUGCCUCUUCCAGAACGGCCUGUUACCAAGCUCGAAAGGAUCUGUCUCAGCCCAUCACAGCUCGAGGCAUCUCUUAAUGCCUGCAAGAAACAUAAGACUUCAUUCACUGCUCUCAUUGGAACACUGAUUCAUGUGACACUUGCAUGUGAAGUUUAUCCAGUAGCGAAACUGGGUCUGUCAUACUUUGCAAUUGACCUACGGCGUUUCCUGCCGGCCGAGUAUUCUAGCAUUAUUGGAAAUUAUGUAUCAAGUCACCAGUCCAAUCAGUGGCUAAAUAUUUACCGCCAAGCUGGUGCCAUGUCCCCAGCUAUCGAUACACAAAUUGCGCAUAUGUGGCAGCUAAGCCAAAGAACUAAGGCUGACCUUGAUUCUGCGAUGCUCACGCAUCACACACCACUUCCAGUUGCGAACGCUUUAGGGUUGACAGCCAUUGGGGAAGAUGAUGAGACCAUCAUGACCGGGAUAUAUCAUGUUCUAGAUGUUGCUGUCACGAAGUCCUUUUGUGUGUCAAGUUUGGUGGAACCAAACUUUGAAUCGUUUGGGCCUUGGCAACUGGAAAGCGCUGAGUUCUCUGUGUCAGCGCAAAAAUCACAGGUUGGGCCUAUGUUGUAUUUUGCAAUGGCGAGCGUGAAAGAUAGCCAGUGUGUGAUUAAUGUCAGCUACGAAGAGGACAUACUCCAGAAUGGAGUUGUCCGGAGGAUCCUUGAGGGGGUGGAAAGACGGUUAAUCAUGCUGCUAGAAGCCGAAAGGUGUAGUUGA